UCUCAUACCGAUUCCGGCCGAUCCUCGCGAUCAGGAGCGUGGGGAGAGAAGCGGGUCGUGUGCUACUAUGCUAACUGGUCCGUCUACCGGCAGGGCAUUGCCAAGUUCUCUCCAGAGUAUAUCAACCCAUAUCUGUGUACUCACCUCAUCUACGCCUUCGGCGGAAUCACCGAAGACUACCAGCUCAAGCCCUUCGACAACUACCAGGAUAUCGAAAAGGACGGGUACAAGAAGGUCAUAGACCUGAAGAAGCACAACAAGGGGCUGAAGGUGCUUCUGGCCGUGGGAGGCUGGAACGAGGGAUCCGUUCGAUGGUCGCCCCUCGUCGCGGACGCCGACCACCGGAAGACAUUCAUCCGGAGCGUCAUCAGGUUCCUUCGUACUUAUGACUUCGAUGGUCUGGAUCUUGACUGGCAAUAUCCUGCCUUCCGAGACGGCGGACGCCCCGAAGACAAGGAUAACUACGCCAAACUCGUUCAGGUGCAGAAUACUUUCUCCUUGUACGUGGAGUUGCAGGUAUCGUUUGAGCGUGAGGCGAAGAAGAGCAAACGGGAGCGUCUGCUGCUGACGAUGGCCGUCCCCGCAGGACAGGAAUAUAUCAACAACGGAUACGACAUGUUGGUGCGAGGGUUGCUGUCCUUAUCUUACCUCUUCUUCCUCUCCCGUGAGUCCCUCAUCUAUUGCUUUUGUCUUCCGAAUCUCCAUGUAUCAUCUUCUCAUACCGAUUCCGGCCGAUCCUCGCGAUCAGGAGCGUGGGGAGAGAAGCGGGUCGUGUGCUACUAUGCUAACUGGUCCGUCUACCGGCAGGGCAUUGCCAAGUUCUCUCCAGAGUAUAUCAACCCAUAUCUGUGUACUCACCUCAUCUACGCCUUCGGCGGAAUCACCGAAGACUACCAGCUCAAGCCCUUCGACAACUACCAGGAUAUCGAAAAGGACGGGUACAAGAAGGUCAUAGACCUGAAGAAGCACAACAAGGGGCUGAAGGUGCUUCUGGCCGUGGGAGGCUCGAAAGAGGGAUCCGUUCGAUGGUCGCCCCUCGUCGCGGACGCCGACCACCGGAAGACAUUCAUCCGGAGCGUCAUCAGGUUCCUUCGUACUUAUGACUUCGAUGGUCUGGAUCUGGACUGGGAAUAUCCUGCCUUCCGAGACGGCGGACGCCCCGAAGACAAGGAUAACUACGCCAAACUCGUUCAGGUGCAGAAUACUUUCUCCUUGUACGAGUUGCAGGUAUCGUUUGAGCGUGAGGCGAAGAAGAGCAAACGGGAGCGUCUGCUGCUGACGAUGGCCGUCCCCGCAGGACAGGAAUAUAUCAACAACGGAUACGAUGUGGCCACCCUCAACAAGUCUGACGACAUGCUUUCGCGUACCUGUCCUAACCUAAUGAUUUCACCAUGCAUUAAUUGCAUCACUCGCUCGGACGAUUAUGUUGUUGAUUUAACCAAAUUGUGUUCUUUACAAGCGCACGAUAUUCUGUUAUGCAUAGAAAAUGAGCCGAUGGAAUCGUCACAUGUUUGGUGGAUCUUUCAGGACUACACGGUGAAAUAUUACUUGGAGAAGGGUGCGGAUCGAGAUAAGUUGGUCGUGGGAAUCCCCACGUACGGAAGGAGUUACACUCUGGUGAACCCCACGGCGAACACCUUCGGAUCACCCGCGCAGGGCCCCGGGGAACCUGGCAAGUACACCAAGGAAAAGGGUUACCUCGCCUUCUACGAGGUCUGUGUCUCACGUCUCAGAGGGAAAGGGGUGGAAAGGAGGCCUCUGAACCUUUCUCCGGGGGACGUCCCC